AUUUUUAAUUUAAUUUCGUAUGAAUUAGAAAAUUGUAUCGUAUUUAUUGUACAAAAACAACAAAAUGUAUCAAAAUAAAAUGAUAACUAUAAACGAGGAUUUGCUACGUGAACGACAAAAUUGUACAUUUGAUCCAAAAGAAUUAACUGUUUGGCUAAAUGGUAGUCCUGAGAAAGUUGCUCAACGACACGACUUAGAAAAUAAAUUUUUAAACGAUCCGUUGCUAAAGGACAAAGUGCCUGCCAAGUAUAAAAGUCAUAAGGAAAUUUAUGAGGAUGCGAUAAGAAAAGGAUGCAUUGUACUGGAAAAAUUAGAAAAUCUGCAAGAUACGGGAGCAAGUGAUAUAUUUACUUAUAUGCAGAUCUUAGGCGGACUGUUAGGAUCUGCGAUAUUAAAAGAUGGUAAUCCGAUAAUUUUACAUCAUGUGAUGUUUAUACCAGCAUUAAUGGGACAAGCUACAACCGAACAACAAAUAACUUGGUUACCUAGAGCUUGGUCUUGCAGUAUUAUUGGAACUUAUGCUCAAACAGAACUUGGCCAUGGAACGUUUAUCAGAGGUUUGGAAACUACUGCAACUUAUGAUCCUGAAACUAAAGAAUUUGUAUUAAACAGUCCAACUUUAACAUCGUACAAAUGGUGGCCCGGGGGUUUGGGUCAUACUGCUAAUUAUGCCGUAGUAGUUGCACAGUUGUAUACACAAGGUGAAUGCAAAGGAAUACAUCCAUUUAUCGUACAACUCAGAGAUGAAGAGACGCAUGAACCCUUACCAGGUAUCAAAAUUGGAGAAAUUGGAACUAAAUUAGGGAUGAAUGCGACCAAUAAUGGGUUCUUAGGCUUUGAGAACGUUAGAAUACCAAGAGAGCAUAUGUUAAUGAAAAAUUCUCAGAUAUUAGAAGAUGGGACUUUUAUCAAAGCUACAAGCGAUAAAUUAACUUAUGGUACAAUGAUGUUCGUACGAGUAGUUCUAGUAAAAGAUGUAGCGUCUUAUUUAUCUAAAGCUUUAACCAUCGCUAUUAGAUACAGUGCGGUAAGAAGACAAUCUCAAAUAAAUUCAAAUAAACCAGAGUCACAAAUAAUGGAUUAUAUGACUCAACAAUACAAACUUUUUCCAAAUCUGGGAAUGUAUUUUGCAAUUGCUAUAGCUGCUGAAUGGAUUUGGGAUAUGUAUAACAAUGUAACUGCUGAAUUGCAUCAGGGUGAACUUGAAAGACUUCCAGAAUUACAUGCACUGGCAUGUUGCCUUAAGGCAGUAGCUUCAUCCGAUGCAGCAAGAGCAAUUGAAGAACUUAGACUUUCUUGUGGAGGUCAUGGUUAUAUGGACGCCAGUAAUUUACCCGCUACAUAUGGCUUAGUAACGGCAUCAUGUACUUACGAGGGUGAAAAUACAGUAUUAUUUCUACAAACAGCAAGAUAUUUAUUGAAAGUUUGGAGACAAGCUAUGAAAGGUAAUCGGAUACCACAAACAGUUGAAUAUUUGUACGAUUUGGCACAUGGAAUGAGACAGAAGACUUGGGACGGUAGUUUAACGUGUAUCGUUAAAGCUCAUCAAGCAGUAGCUGCAGGAAAAAUUCAUUUGGCUGUACAAAACAUGGAUCGCAGAAUAAAAGCAGGUAUUUCGUACGAGAAUGCCUGGAACGAAACUAGUAUCGAAUUUAUGCAAGCAGCCGAAUCGCAUUGUCGAGUUUUUUUGGUAACCGGGUAUGUCAAAACGAUCAAAGAAUUGAAAACAUUAUCCAAAGAAUUGCAUACCGUUUUAGAACAAUUGUGCACGUUGUAUUGCAUCUAUUGGGUAUUACAACGAACGGGUGAUUUCUUAAGAUUUUCUAGCUUAAAGAAAGAAAAUAUACCAGCACUACAAUCACAUCUUGAAGAAAUGUUAAAAGCUAUUCGUCCUAAUGCUGUAGGCAUCGUUGAUGGUUUCGAUUUACAUGAUGAAGUUCUUGGAUCUGCUUUAGGGGCUUACGAUGGUAACGUUUAUCAACGUCUUUUUGAUGAAGCUAUGAAGAGUCCAUUGAAUCAGGAGAGUGUAAAUGAAUCUUUCCAUAAGUAUUUGAAACCAUUCUUUAAAAGCAGAUUAUAGCAUAUAUAUAUACAUAUAUAUAUAUAUUAAAUGUUGUUAAAUGUUAAUAUUAUCUUUUUUAAAACUUAUUCAUUUAAGGAAAUAUUAUUUUUUAAAUCAAUCUUUUCUCAGUUAAUAAGUCGAACGAUUGAAUGUGACAAGACUAAUGUGUACCUCAUGCGUAAAUGUUUAAUAUUAAUAUAGCAAAAUGGGAACAUAGAAACAUAAAAAGAGUUUACAGAAGAAAAUAAUCAUGUUAAAAGAAGAUUUAUAAAUGUAUGUUAUUAUUUAUACACAUAUAUAUAUAUAUAUAUAUAUAUACAUAUACUUACUAUUCUCUUGGCAAGAAUUGUCUUCGAAUUUUCUAUGGUGCUAUUAUAACCAACGGAUAUUUUUAAUAUAGAUAAAUAUGAUCUUAUGGUAAGACAAAGAUGAUUAUUUUUCUAUGUAUUUUUGAUAAAUUUUUAUCUUGAUGAAACAAUAAAGUAUAACUUUUUUGAAUAAUUCCACAAGUUUCCCCUUUUUUUUGACUCGACGUUCUUAUUAAUUCAACAAAUUCGUCGGCAAAUAUAUAUAUAUAUAUAUAUAUAUAUAUAUAUUAAAUAAGUCCCUAAACUCUCUCUUCUUACAGAAUACAAUAUUUAUUUACAGAAUAGGAGCGACGACAUACAUUGUUUAAUUCGUUAUCAUACUAAUUACGAUAAUAAUAAUAAUUAUUAUUCUUGUCAUUAAUAAUAAUAAUUAUUAUUCUUGUCAUUAAUAAUAAUAAUUCUCUGUUAAUAAUCUCAAUGAGCUAAUUAAAAUUUAAUAAUUAAUAAUAAUAUCAUAUAUAUGCACGCAAACUGCGAUAAUCCGUUCAGAAAUUCUGUCUUGUUAUCGUACAUAUGUGCUGUUAUAAUACAUUGUACUUGGGCAGGAAUGUUUAAAAGGCAAAGUUCACUUUUUUUUUAAUAUUAAAUCUGAGAUAAAUAAAACAAAUUAUUACGUGGUCAAUGCUCACGGGCAAAUAUAUGAGUACAUUAUUUUUAUAUGCAUAUACAUAUACAUAUAUAUACAUACCACAUAUUUUUUCCAUUUUAAACGCGCGUAUGUAAUUAAUAUACAGGAUGAUAAAAAAAAGUGUUCGAUAUUUGAAGGCCUCGUAUUAAUAUACAAUAUUGAACAUUCAUGAAUAGUACAAAUGAAUUACAUUAAAAGUGUUGAUUUUAGGACCCAUGUUAAUUAAACUUUUUUUUAUUUAUCUCGGUAAAUAUUAUAAUUCCUUCAAAUAUCGAAUCCUUUUUUUUAACACUCUGGAUGUACAUAUAUAUGUAUAUAUAUGUGUUUACGUGCUUAGUAUAUGUUCAGGGAGCAGAUGGGAGCACAGAAACAAUACUUACACUUAAAAAAUAAUAUUUGUGUUAAUUAAUAUUUAUCAUUAAAUAUUAAUAUUAAUUAGAUUCAUUUUUUAAAAUUA